CAGAUAUUUGUCGUGUUAUUAUUUUUAUGUCAUCAACUGAAGUUAAUUUUUUUUAUAAAAAUGUUUUAAAUUAUUAGACUAUAGAAUUUUUAAAUUUUUCAUAGUUUUUAAAAUAUUUAAUAUAAAUUUUGAAAUCAACCUUUUACAAGGUAGGAAAUCAUCUGCAGAGGGAUGAAAUUGAUUUUCCAUUUUGCAAAAUAGGACUACAAAUAAAUAAAGUUUUUUUGCAAUAUUUAUGUAGACUAUUAAAUUUUCUAUUUUUAUAUUAUUUUGAAGUUUGCCUAAAAUUUCUUUCUUAAACCAGUGAUUUUUUUGGGUUAAAGUGCAAAUAAAAAAAUUAAGAAACAAUACUUGGGUGUUGCAAUACCAAAUCUGUAUAAAAUGACGUCGAAUUGAAUGAUAAACUUGUACGUUGAUACAUAACAUAAUUAUUUAUAUUCCCAUUCUGAUAUUCAGGUAACAGUUCGUAACAUGGUAAUAAAUAUUGAUACCUAAAGGAACAAGUAUGAUAUUUGAAGGUUUAGACAUAGAGUUUGUAAAUAUUUUUAUCGCUAUAGCAGCCAUAAUAAUAGUUUAUUUUGCAUGGAAAUCAACCAACGUAAGAGAUUUACCGACAGCAGUUUUAAUAAUAGAAAACAAUAGAAGAAGACUUUUGGAAAAUAUAACAAGACCACAAACUACAAUACCAGAAAGCAUAAGUGAUACAAGAAAUCCAUCAGUAAAUCAGAGAACUGAAAUAUUGAAUAAUAUUGAAGUUCCAGCUCCUUCUUUGCAUGAUGUUUUAGAUGAAGUUUCUGAUCUUGCAUUAUCUAGUGGAUCAAGGAUAAGUUCAUCUUCAACUGGUACAAAUUCUGAAAUUUUGGAAGAUAACGAUACUGGUCCACAGGAAAUUAUUCAAAAUAUGGAUAGUACAAUUGAUGAACCUCAUUCAAGUGAAGGUAUCCGUAGAAGACGUUUAGCAUUCUAUUCUCAAGAAAAUCAAACUGAAAGUAAUUCUAAUGAAAAUGUUAUAAGAAGGGAAAAUUUAAAUUUGAAUACAAGUGGAGAUUCAACUCAUGCUGAAAACUGUUCUAAUGAAAAUAACGAGAACGAAAAUAUUUCCAAAAGUGAAUUGAGUAGAAACCAAAAUGAUCAACUAGAUGGAUUGGUUCAAACUGUUAACACUGCAAAUAAUCAAAAUAAAAGUGAUGAUGAAUUCAGAAUAAAGUUAAAGUACUUAAAUGAUGACUUAAGGCUUGUAAAAGGAAAUCCACAAGAAGCCUUAGGAGAUUUUAAAAAGAGACAUUUUAUGGUUGAAUUGGCUGCAGAAAAACUUGUGAGAUUAGUCUUUAAUGGUCAUGUGUUACAACCAGAUACCAAAACUUUACAAGCGUUCGGACUUUUUGAUAAUUGUGUGGUUCAUUGUUUGGUUCACAAAAAACCAAUGCAAACUAAUCAAAUGGAAGGAUCCAAUAUUCAGCAAGAACAUCACGAUAACCAAAACAAUAACAACAAUAAUAAUAAUAAUGCUCAACCACGUACCAGAACAUCAAAUGGGAUUAAUUUUAGAUCAGGACUGACUAACGGCCCACUUUUUGUUUAUUUUGCUGUAGGAAUCACUAGUUUGGCAAUUGUUUUUUGUUGGUAUUGCAGAUUUCAAUAUAGUUAUUUAUUUUCUUUAUAUUCAACUAUUGGUCUUAUUUUUAUGACAGCAUUAUUUCUUUUAAUUUUUCCAUUGGUUAUUCUGAUAGAAUGGGAUGCAACAGUCUAAAAUCGGUAGAAAAGUUUUUCAUAAAAUAAUUCUGUUAAUUUUUGUAAAGCUUUUUCAAAUUCAAUUUUCUUUUUUCCUUUUUUGAACAUAUUUUUGUUUGGACUUAUGUUAAUUGCUUUAUAUUUAAAAAAAAAAAUACAAAUUACAAAAUCCUUUACUAUAUUUAAAAUUUAUGUAAUUUGAAUUAAAAAUUGUAAAAGAAAAUAACAAAAUAUAAUUAGGAAAUAUUGGAAUGUGAUUUUGUUCAAUAAUGUGCAAAUAUACAAUACAUAUGUUAUUCUUGAAAUAAAAAUAUUAAUAAAAUU